UUACAACUCUUAUUCAGAGCUGAGAGGACGUGAAGAGAGACAACGUGAAGAAAAAAUUGUGAAAUUGAAACUUUCUUGAUCUCGUGAAAAAAUAUCUGUUACAGGGUUAUAUUUGGUUUUUUUUCAGUGAAUUAUUUAAAUGUAUGUUCUUAAGAUGGUUUGGUCGGAUAAACCUGAAAAUCAAUCUGAACUGAGCUAAAAAGUUGCUAAAACUGUGACAUGAUCCUCUGUCAAACAAAAUGUCACUAAAUUUAAUUAUUUUCCUAACUCUUCUUUCUUCGGUCAAAUCUACGAACAAUACAGGGGCAGCAUCAGUGGAUAAGGUGGAUAAGGGAGAAGUAGAUCUAAAGAGUCAAUUCCUUCCUGAUGCUCUUCCUUCCGGAGACCCAGCGCAGUAUGCACUUCCGGUUUUCCUUGAAGAACCUGAAGAUAACUUUGUAGUAAAGUCCAAGUCCGCAGAGCUUCAUUGUAAAGUCGCGCACGCGCUCAGUGUUCAUUUCCAGUGCAAUGACGAGGUGCAGCAGCAGGCGCGCACAGAGGACCAUGUUGACCCACAGACCGGAAUACGGUUCACACAGGCAGCCGUUGAGAUCACCCGGGAUCAGGUGGAAGAAUUCUUCGGGGACUAUCAUUGUGCUUGCGUUGCAGUCUCCGGACAGGGUCAUUCUAAAUCCCGUCUCGCGUACGUCACCAUCGCGUAUUUACGAAAAGAGUUUGAGGUUCCUCCAUACUCGGACCAGAGCCAGCAAGGAAAGCAGGUUGAGAUCAGAUGUCAUCCUCCGAAGGGAAAACCUGAACCUGAAAUCUACUGGUUAAAGAACGGAGAAGAGAUCGACGAGGAGGAUCCUAGUUAUAUAAUUACAGCUGAGGGUCAUCUUAUUCUAGUAUCAGCUCGGACCCAGGACUCCGGGAACUAUACCUGCGUAGCGGAGAAUAUUGCGGGCAAACGACUCAGUAAACCAGCAGAACUCAGUAUAUACGUGUCCGGUGGUUGGUCCGACUGGAGCUCUUGGUCUGCCUGCAGUGUAUCGUGUGGGCGUGGUUUCAGGCAAAGAGGGCGUGUCUGUUCUACACCGCUUUCAGAAAAAUCCUGCCCUGGUCAAAAUAUUCAAAAGAAAAACUGUGAUUCUUCAUGUCCAGCUGUAAACGGUGGCUGGUCUUCUUGGACCUCCUGGUCAGUAUGUUCUAAGGAGUGUUCUCAAUCAAGAAGUAGAAAUUGUGACAACCCUACCCCGAGCAAUGGCGGACAUUUUUGUUUUGGAGUUGAUUACGAAAAUUCUAAUUGUGUGGGAGGUGUGUGUCCAAACGGGGUCUGGGUCGAGCCCAGUGUUGUGGGGGACGACUCUGAAGCGUCCCACCUGGGCAGCAGUGAAAUUGCCUUGUACGUCGGGUUGUCGAUGGCCGUCCUGGUUUUCCUCUUGGUUGUUCUGGUCGCCAUUAGCCUCAUCAGACGAAGACGACUUCCAAGCGGUUACGGACUCGCGCAAUCAGCCUAUGAGAGCCAGAAUAGAAAGAAGGUUCUUGGGUAUAGUCCAGAUUUGACCUCUGGAGUAACUACUGAGCUGACCUCUGUGUGUUAUGAAUAUUCUUACCCAGAUUCAAACUCAAACCUGUCCAAGGGAGGAUAUAGAGCAGCAAGUGAGCACCACUACGAGCAACCCAUGGUUCUUCUACCCAGUAGAAGUCCGGUAGAUUCUAUAGUUAAACCUCUAAUAUCAGAUACUUCAAGCAGUUCUACAGGAGGAAAUAUCAGCCCCCGGUCUGCAGGAACAUUUGACCGAAGUCCUGGAACUCUGAAUGGUUCCUCUGUUCCUCCGUGCAACCAGCUGUGUGAGUCCGGAUUCACCAAGUGGACCGCGGUCACCAGUGCCGGAGCACGUUUAACCCUACCGGAGUCAGGAAUAACAUUAACGGUCCCGGAGGGAGCAAUCAGUCCUGGACAGACCCAGGAUAUGUAUAUCAGUGUUCUUCAUGAUACAAAAUCAUUCCCGGACACAAAGGACGGACAUACCCUGCUCAGUCCUGUAGUUCUAUGUGGACCUGUUCAAGCUACACGACUUCUCAAGAAGCCUGUGAUAGUCUCCUUCCCUCACGUUGCCUCACUUCGGCAUGGUAACUGGACAGUGUCAGUAGCUAGCUCGGAUACAGAUGGAAACUCUUGGAGGAAAAUAGUUACACUAGGACAGGAAAAUAUAAAUACCAGUGUGUAUACUCAACUCGACUUAAACACGUGUCAUAUUGUCUCUGAUUCACUGGCAGGGUUUGCUCUGCUGGGAUACUCGUCUCAACUCCAACCUGCCUUUAAAUCAUUAAGAAUAGCAGCGUUUGCUCAGGAGUAUCCACAAGGAUCGGAUCUUACAGUCCGCCUCUACUGCGUACAAGACACGGACGAGGCCAUUAGGUUUGUUACAGAGACAGAGAAACAAUUUGGAGGUCGGUUGCUUGAUAAACCUGUCUCUACACUCCUGAAAUCAGGAGGGAAGAAUUUAAGAUUAUGCCUAGACCGGCUAUGCGAGGGCUGGUCAGUUCAGCCAGGAGCUAAUAUCCAGGAGGUUCCCUUUAGCCAUCUCUGGGUCAAUAGUAACCCUAACCUUCACUGUUCCUUUACCCUAAGAAAUAAGGUUCCCUGCAUGAGAAACCUAGUGAUGCAGAUUCAGAUCACACAGGAGGAAAACCCAAACAAAUGUCUUCUCAAGGUGAACACCAAUAUCUCCGGGAGCACGGGGUCGGGUGGGAAAGAAUCUAAACUCCGUCCUAGCUCCAGUGGGUGUUCUAGUAACGACUCCUACUCCAACCUUGUGUUUCGUCUACCCGCUCAAACCAAGGAGACCCUUGGUAAGAUGCUUGAUAAACCUGUGGCCGGCGGUAAUGAUUGGCGGUUGCUUGCUGAACGAUUAAAUGUUCACAGAUAUACAGCAUUCUUUGCCAGCCGUCCUAGUCCAACAGAGGCGAUCUUGAACUUGUGGGAGGCAAGAAAUCGGGAGAGCAGCGCCACCCAGGGAUUAUUGGGAAUCCUACGCGGCAUGGGGAGGAUAGACUGUGCACACUUGCUGGAGAAUGAUCUUCAGCUAGUUUAAACUGGUUUAGACUAAAAAAAUAGUGAUAUAUUUAUAAUGGAGAUAUUCUCCUUUAAUCUGUACAGUGAUGCACAGACACGGUUAGUGCAUAUUGUACAGUGUACAGUGUACACCAAAAGACGUUGUUUAAUUAGCCCGCCUUUACAUUUUUAUAUUUGUUCGAUUUUACCCUGCUUACUUAACCCCUAGGUGUUUACAUAUCAAUCCAUUCUGCUGAGAAACCAUUUACAUAUUUGGCUGUUUAGAUAAAAUGUAUUUGAUGAUAUUUAUAAAUAUAGUCAAUAUAUACACUCUGAAAA